AUGCCUUCUCAUUCUCAGCUCGAGCUCCAGUUCAAGCCUUUACCGGUAGUCCUAGGCGUAACGCUGCUCAUGGUGUCAUGCUUGGUCUACCAAACUGCUCGUGCCUACCUUUUCUCACCGGUUCGCCAUGUACCCGGUCCUUUCUGGUCGAAAGUUACCCCGUUCCCUCUGUAUAUUGCAACAUUCAGAACAAGGCGAGCUGCAUAUGCGCAUUCCCUUAUCAAGAAGUACGGACCGAUCGUCAUCAUCGCUCCAGACCAAAUACACACCACCAACGAUGCCGCAAUGAAGAUCAUCUAUGAUCGAAGUUCGAUCAAAAGCUCCUUCUACCAUGCUAUGGGCUCAUAUAAGGGUGUGAGGCAGAUAUUAGGAACCAUCGACUACUCGAGCGCUGCAGUGGGGCGUCGAAACCUCCUACAGUGUUUUCAAAGCCAAAAUCUAGCUAGUCUCGCGGAUGCGAUGGAAUCACAUAUUGCGAGCUUCUUGAAAUUACUGCAUAGCAAGUCGAACCAGGUAGACCCGGUCAUCGACGGAGUGCUCUGGUUCAGGCUUUUGACACUCGACACUGUGACCGACAUAUUAUGGGGUCAGGAUCACGAUCUUCUCGCCGACAUGGACAUGGACAAUACCAAAUCAGAGUUGUUGCGCAAGUUGCACCAUUUCAGCCAGUAUAUGGCUUUGGAAGGAUUCAUACCUUUCUUUGAGGCUUGGACCAGACUCGUGGGAAGCCAAAAAUACAAACAGAUGCGAGAUGAUUGCUACAGUCUGGAUGGUUUUGCUCGCGACGCUCUCGAGACUUGGAACGACCGGGAGACGAAAGGUCAUGAGAAAGACGUCCUGUCUAUGCUGUUAACGAUGAAAUCGAAGCAGGAAGAAUCAGAAUCAAUUGCACGAGAAAACAUUCCAGCUUACAUAAUCGAAAUGAUGGCUGCUGGCUCUUCGACAACUUCGAACACCGCUGCUAUCGCUUGCUGGGUACUCGCUCGCCAUCAAGCCGUGCAAACGAAACUACAGCAAGAGCUUUUUACAGCAUUUCCCGAUCCUGGCCAAAUUGAUAUGAGACAAUGCUUGAACCUCAACUACCUCGAUAGUGUCAUCUUCGAAGUCAUGCGGCUAUGGCCUAUAGUUCCGGGACCCCUUGAACGCCAUGUCGGGCAGAGCUUGACCGUAAAUGGCAUGGCUAUUCCAGCGGGAACACUUGCGUCCUGUGCUGCAUACGAUCAGGGUCGACGAGAGGAUAUCUUCUCUAACGCUAAUACUUUCGACCCAUCACGCUGGCUAAAGGCGGAUGCCGCAAUGAAGAAGAACUGGAUUCCCUUCGGUUAUGGCUCCCGCAGCUGUCCUGGUCAAAAUCUUGGUAUGACGGAGUUAAAAUAUUUUCUUGCAGCAAUAUUUCGUUAUUUCAGCUCGGUGGUACCUCAAGGCAGAGCCGAAGAUAUACUGGAGUUACGAGAUGUCUUCACCGCAAGCAUCUGGAUAACAAGCGGUAUCACAGGGAAGCCUGAAAACAAGUGCUGGUUACAAUUCUCGCCAAUAGCAGAGAAAGUUAUCUCUUGA